UCUAAUGUCUAUACUAUAGAGUGGUCACGUCACAGAAUAGUUAUAAAUUGUAAUGCAAAUAUCCACAAAUAUCGUACAAUUUGUGUUUCGAUCGACUGUAACUCUACGUCUGAAUUAAGUUCAAAAAAGCUAUUAAUUUAAUAAAAGUGCUAUGCCAUCGGAUUAAUAUAGUGUUCGACAAUUAAAUAGUACCUACUCAACGUUUUUCAAAAUGUGGGGUGAUUCUUUGCUGAUAGUAUUUAUUUCAAUAUGUACUGCUUUUCUUGGAGAAGGUCUCACUUGGAUAUUAGUUUACAGAACGGAGAAGUAUCAGAAAUUGAAAGUUGAAGUAGAGCGACAGAGUAAAAAAUUGGAAAAGCGCAAAGAAGCACAUGGAGACUCUUUAGAUAAACAGCACAAGAAAAAGAUUGAACGCGAGGAAGAAAGACUUAAAAAUAACAACAGGGAUCUCUCAUUAGUAAAAAUGAAGUCAAUGUUUGCAAUUGGUUUUGCAUUUACAGCAUUGCUUAGCAUGUUUAACAGCAUAUUUGAUGGCAGGGUUGUGGCUAAAUUACCAUUUUAUCCUAUAUCUUGGAUUCAAGGACUGAGCCACCGAAAUUUACCCGGGGACGAUUACACUGACUGUUCCUUUAUUUUUCUGUACAUUCUUUGUACAAUGAGCAUAAGGCAAAACAUCCAGAAGCUGUUAGGAUUUGCUCCAUCAAGAGCUGCUUCAAAGCAGGGUGGUGCCUUAUUUGCAGCUCCUCCAGCCCAGUUCAAAUGAAUUUGAAAA